AUGGAGAAUAGGCCAAAAUUGACUUGGACCAUACUCUUCCAAGCAUUUCUUUGUGGGUUAUUUGGGGGAGCACUAUCUCAGAAUUUGUACAUUGAAAGCCUGGCUCUAACAUCUGCAACAUUUGUUUCUGCAAUGACUAAUCUCAUUCCAGUCACAACUUUCAUAUUCGCCGUUUGUCUUAGAAUGGAAAAGCUAGCUUUUGGAACAAUGGCAGGGAAGGCAAAGGUAUUUGGAACGUUAAUUGGACUAGGAGGUGCAAUGCUGCUCACAUUUUACAAAGGUGUACAAAUAAACAUUUGGCCAACACAUUUUGACCUUGUACAUCAUGGUGGCCAUGGGCCGUCUUCAUCACAUCCAGGCUCUGCCAAUACUUUGUCGGGUGCCUUGCUAGCUUUUGCCUGCUGCAUCACUUACGCCUUGUGGUUGAUCAUUCAGGCUAAGAUGAGUAAAAAAUUCCCAUGUCCUUACUCAAGCACAGCUUUGAUGUGUACAAUGGGAGCAAUGCAAUCAGUUGUUUAUGCAGUUUGCUUGGAGAGAGAUUGGAGCCAGUGGAAACUAGAUUGGAAUAUUAGGCUUCUUACUGUUGCUUACGCGGGAAUUAUAGUGUCUGGAUUGACUUGUACCAUGGUAACUUGGUGUGUGCGCAUCAAAGGCCCUCUCUACGGAUCCAUUUUUAACCCUCUAAUGCUUGUUUUAGUGGCUUUGGCAGAGUCAUUGUUUUUAGAAGCAAAGUUGUAUUUGGCAAGCAUAUUGGGAGCAGUGUUGAUAGUGCUGGGGCUGUAUGUUGUGCUUUGGGGUAAAGGCAAGGAGAUGAAGAUGAUGAAGGAUCAAUUAGCAGCAUCAAGAAAAGAAGUUCCACCAUCAACAAUAUGCUCCCCGCAAGGUGAACCUGUCCAGAUCAUUGUCGACUCUACAAACAACAGCAAUAAUUCUAAUAGCAAUCAAAAUAAUGUAGAAGGACUCUAGGGUUUCACCAAAUGAACACUAUAACCUUGAAAUGUAUGAGUUGUUUCAAUAUUCAUCAAAAUAAUGUACCAUGAGAUCAGAACUCGUUCAUUUUCCAUUUUAAUACUCCACUAAAACACUCAUGAGUCAUGAGUUGACUCACUACAUUUAUGAAUUCAAAGUAGGCGGCUACCUCAAUGAAUUGCCAGAGCCCCAAGUUGCGAAGGCCCAUGCGGGCAAAUACGUAGUUCAAUGGAAGUUAAAGGGCAAAUACAAUCCGCACCCUCUAUAAAUAGAACAACCCAAAAUGUUUGCCUUAAUAACUUCAUAAGCUUCAUUCAUCAAUCCUCACUAAGAAGGAAACAAAGGGAAAGGUCACCAGUUAAGGAGAAAGGAAUGAUGAUGAAGAAGAUGAUUGUUGCAGUCCUUAUUUUCUGCCUCAUCACUUCACAAAUGGAAGAAGUUGUUCCACAGGUGGAUUGCCUCGACGCUUGUUCUACUGGCUGUGUUCAAAGCAACACAAGGCUUAUGCAGCGUUGUGAACGCAAGUGCCAGAUCAAAUGCGGUCCAGAUUCCAAGCCAGAGGGGAAUUUGAGUUAGCUCUUGGAAGAUCAAGGGGGCAUUAAGCAUAAAAAUGCAUCAAAUCUACUACAUGUGUCGUGAUAAUGUCUAGUUUAUGUGGUUGAAUGAAGGCUGAAGCAUAGCUUCAAGAGUUUGUCCUAUCAUAGCGUUGAACAAAUACAAAUUCAAUAAUGUAUCCAAAAGAUACAAAAAAGCAAGUUGAAUAAGAAAAUAUUGAUUAUUAUUGAUCUUAUCCUUGAAAA